GCAAAAGUGAGCACCGCCGACGCGGCCGACGCGGAUACUACAUGGACUCAACAAGCUUCUGCAGCUGAGAAACAGAGCGACGGUCCAGCAGCAGCACCAGCAGCACCAGCAAAAGCCCAGUGUGUUCCCCGGUGAUGGGAUUGCAGUGAUGCCCGGUUAACAAGUGGAACACGACAAUAUCUGUUGAAAUUUUUAUUUCGCUGCUCCAACGGCGGCUAGUGAGCGUUUCGGGUGCUUUUUUAACCGCGGUCAACUUUCUCACCUGACCAAUGCACACCGAUUUGGAUUUCUUCGGAAAGCCCAGCAAGCUUCUUUUGGUUGCUGGCGCCUCAGGCAAGCAUGCGUGAGGAAGUAACAAGUGAAGUGGGAAGGUUUUCUUCUCGGUGGGUCGAGACCCAUCAUCAUCACCUCUCGCCGGGCCCUGCGGCAACGCAUUUUGGGUAUUUGCGGCGAGUCGGUGAACGUCCUUAUGAGCGCGUGUAGUCCGUCGGGAUGGACUGGCGGCUGCCACCACUGUUGGACUGUGGCUGAGCUCCUCAGCACCGGACGCAGCUAGUGGCCAGCCCCCCAGCCAUCCUCGCCCCCGCCGCCCCUCUUGCAAGAAGCGGAGCCUCAGCGCGUGAGCCAACAUGCCCGGAGGCCGACGAGGGCUGGUCGCCCCACAGAACACAUUCCUCGAGAACAUCAUCAGACGGUCCAGCUCGCAACCGGACAGCAGCUUUCUGCUCGCCAAUGCACAGAUAGUUGACUACCCGAUUGUCUACUGUAACGAGUCUUUCUGCAAGAUCUCUGGAUACAACCGCGCAGAGGUCAUGCAGAAAUCAUGCCGGUGCGGUUUCAUGUACGGCGAACUGACCGACAAAGAAACGAUCGCCAGGGUGGACGAGUGCCUGGACAAGCAGCUGAGCGACCAAUUCGAAAUCCUGCUGUACAAGAAAAACAGCACCCCGCGAGGUAUGUGGAAAAAACGCCCUAUAGAAACUCCACUAUGGCUGCUCCUGCAGAUCGCGCCGAUCAAGAACGAGCGCGACCUGGUGGUUUUGUUCCUGCUCACCUUCAGGGACAUCACGGCGCUCAAGCAGCCCAUCGAGCAGGACGACAACAAAGGAGCCAUGGGACUGAGCAAAUUCGCCAAACUGGCCAGGUCGGUCACCAGAAGCAGGUCGGUGCUUGUGUCGCAGUUCUCCUCGCACCUGCCCACACUCAAAGACUCUGGAAAACAGUCCAAUCUGGCACACAUGAUGAGCCUGAGCGCAGACGUCCUGCCCCAGUAUCGGCAAGAAGCACCAAAGACGCCGCCCCACAUCCUGCUGCACUACUGUGCGUUCAAGGCGAUUUGGGACUGGGUGAUUUUGUGCCUGACUUUUUACACGGCCAUCAUGGUACCGUACAACGUGGCCUUCAAAAACAAGACCUCCGAGGACGUCUCGCUACUGGUGGUGGACUCAAUAGUGGAUGUGAUAUUCUUUAUCGAUAUUGUGCUCAACUUUCACACGACUUUCGUGGGCCCGGGGGGCGAGGUGGUUUCCGACCCCCGGGUCAUCCGCAUGAACUAUUUGAAAUCGUGGUUCGUAAUCGACCUUCUCUCCUGUCUGCCUUAUGACGUUUUCAACGCCUUUGACCAUGACGAGGAUGUAAGUAAUUGUUCAACCUCCGGCGACUACGAUGACAAUGGAAUUGGAAGCCUUUUCAGUGCGUUGAAAGUGGUUCGACUCUUACGACUGGGACGGGUCGUAAGAAAGCUGGACCGAUAUCUCGAAUACGGCGCUGCCAUGUUGAUAUUGCUAUUAUGUUUUUACAUGCUGGUUGCACACUGGCUAGCGUGCAUCUGGUACUCGAUAGGGCGCUCGGACGCCGAUAACGGUAUUCAAUACAGCUGGCUGUGGAAGCUGGCCAACGUCACGCAGAGCCCCUACUCGUACAUCUGGUCCAACGACUCGAACGCACCCGAGCUCGUCAACGGGCCGUCACGUAAGACCAUGUACGUGACGGCCCUCUACUUCACCAUGACCUGCAUGACCAGUGUCGGCUUCGGCAACGUCGCCGCCGAAACCGACAACGAGAAAAUUUUCACCAUCUGUAUGAUGAUCAUCGCUGCCUUACUGUACGCCACAAUCUUCGGUCACGUGACCACCAUCAUCCAGCAAAUGACCUCGGCCACUGCCAAGUACCACGACAUGCUGAACAACGUGCGCGAGUUCAUGAAGCUGCACGAGGUGCCCAAGGCGCUCUCGGAAAGGGUCAUGGACUACGUCGUCUCCACGUGGGCCAUGACCAAGGGACUGGACACGGAUAAGGUAAAUCAGGCCCGAAGCUCGAGGGCGAACGGCGGACUCGGCAGGGACGGUGGCGGGCCCGAGAUGCUAGAGUCGACGGAAUUGACGGAGGUGCUGAACUACUGUCCGAAAGACAUGAAGGCCGACAUCUGUGUGCACUUAAAUCGCAAAGUGUUCAACGAGCACCCCGCCUUCAGGCUCGCCAGCGACGGCUGCCUGAGGGCCCUCGCAAUGCAUUUUUCCAUGAGCCACUCGGCGCCGGGUGAUCUUUUAUAUCACACUGGCGAGAGCAUAGACAGCCUCUGCUUCAUCGUCACCGGCUCCCUCGAGGUCAUCCAGGAUGAUGAAGUCGUCGCCAUCCUCGGCAAGGGCGACGUCUUUGGAGAUUCGUUCUGGAAGGACGGCGGGGUGGGCCAGUCUGCAGCGAACGUUCGCGCCCUAACGUACUGUGAUCUUCACACAAUCAAACGAGACAAACUGCUGGAGGUGUUAGACUUCUACCAAGCGUUUGCCAACUCAUUUGCCCGCAACCUUCUUUUGACCUACAAUCUUAGACAUCGGUUGAUCUUCCGCAAAGUAGCUGACGUGCGGCGCGAGCGAGAGCUGGCCGAGCGUCGGAAAAACGAGCCGCAGCUGGACCACAACCAGGACCACUUAGUGCGUAAAAUUUUCUCCAAAUUUCGUCGAGGGACGGCGGGGGCGAGCACGGCGGGCAGCAACCACGCGGGGAUGAUGACGCCGCUGGCGACGCCGGACGUGGAGAGAGGGGGCGGCGGAGGCGGCGGGGGCGGCGCCAGCGACUCAGAGAGCGUUUGCAGCGCGCGUCUCGGCUCUGCCCAGGAGGAACACUGCCUUGUGGUGGCGACGACGGCGUCGGUGACGCCGGCACCGGCGCCGUCACGCGCGGCUACCAGGUGGGGCCGUCUGCUGGGCAGCGCCAGCAGCGGCGCCGAGUCUUCCGACAAGGAGGGCCGGGCGCCGAGCGCCAAGGAGAGGGCGGCGCCGGCACCUCCGUCCGGUUCCGGCAACAAGGUGUUCCCGAAGCAGACGACGCCCCAACGGACGUCGGCGCGCCAGGACACCAUCGACGAGAUCGUGGAGGUGGAGGAGCGACGUGCCGCCUCCAAGUUGGCGCUGCUCAGGAAGGCGGACAGCAACGACAGCGGCAUCCUGCGCUCCAGCGAGCAGAAGCUGUCCGAGCUUUCGACCGCCACCACAACCAGCCUAAUCGCCACCUCCACUGCUGUGGCGCCGACCAACAUCGUGGCGCCGAUCGUUGCACCCUUGCCGGCGCCCGAGCUGCAACUGCUUUUGGCUUCCAUUGCUGAGUUUAAGGUUGAUGUACGUCUGGAGCUGCAGAGAUUAGGACAACGCGCGGCGCGGCUGGAGGAGAUGCUGGGCAACGUGUCGGAGCGGCUGUGCUCGUUGCACAGCAGCGAGGCGACGACGCCGGCGGUGUCCGAGGACGACAACCCGCGGUCGACGCGGUCGAACCGCAGCGGCGGCGGCGACUCGUCCAGCACGACGACGGCGCCAAGUUCGGCGGUGCCUCCGGCGAUCCGCAAGCGACGCAGCAAGUCGCGGGCGGCCAAGGCGCCGGCGCCUAACACGCCGAUCGCCUCGGACGUCUCGGCCAAGUCGGACGAGGACGACUCGACGACAGUGAGCACGUCGGCGCCGGCGGCGCCGCCGCGGCCGUCGGCGGCACGACACAGGACUAGAGAGACCAAAGAGGAGUUCCUCUAGGAAAGGGGGCAGCCAUCCCAACCAGUGAGUGACGACGAGUCGACGCACCUGUGAAUUCAAGUGUGUGCAAAACAAACUUGUUGUCGGUUGGACGAUGGCGACGGCCCCGUUCGCGAUCUUGGAAAAUAACCAAAAAUGCUUCUUUCACUCGCGCUCUUUACGCUCUCCUAAGUAAUAAGCAUCGCUGUGCGAUUGGAAAUUCCUCGAAUAUGCAAAUCGAUUCGACUUUUUCAACUCGCUAGCUCGACCAAAAUUUGUUAAAUAUAUAUAUAAAAUAUUGCAGACUUUUUAUCCGGUGUGGUAAAAUUAUAAGCAAUAUUACUGUAGCUGUAAGAGAGUUUAAACUUCUAUAAGCAAUUUGAUUGUGGACUCCAAAUCUGUAUUGGCUCUCAUUUAAUUCUACUGGAACACCGAUUGAAUAUUUUGCUUGGCGAUUUAAACUAUUUAGUUUCUUUUCUACCUGCUUUUCAAUAUUCAUUUUAUUUUGAAUAUUUUUGUCUAAAAAAAAAUAUUUUGAUUCUAUGAAAUCUGACUCAAUGAGUCACUCAAACAAAUAUUUCCAAAUUCAUAUCUGCUACUACUUUUAUGUUUAAUCCUGACGAAGCUUGAAUAGUUUUUAACUGAUAAAAAAAUUAAUAUAUAAUAAAUCAUAUCCACAAAGUUCAAAACAACCAGCAUUAUUAAUUGAAACAUUUUAGCAUUCCACACAAAUUUUUAAAAAUAAUUGAUUAUAAAAGAUUGGAAAAUUAACAGUUAUAAAUAGAAAAAUUCGCCCAGCUUGAAAUUCAUUUGGCGGCAAACUUUUGAAACACAGAUUGAAUAUUUCUCGUUUUGCCGGCGCAGAUCAAAACUCAUUUCAAGUUAUGUACUUUUUGAUAUUAAUAUAUAUUAUAUAUUGCAUGUUGAACGAUGAAAAAGAAUUAACUCUUUCUGUUUAGGGUUGUUACCAAAGUAUUGCUGAGAUUACAUUGUCUCUCCUUUAUGUAGAGUUUGUAAAUAAAAAAAAUGAGAAAAAUAUAUCUACAAAAUAAGAACCCAUACACACACAUUCAAGUAAAAAUGGAAAACUCAAAUUGUAAAUAUAAAAUUCAAAAAUUUUGGUGAUACGGGACAACUUUUUUAAGUCAAUAACAUAUCAAAACAUCGACGAGGCUCGAUCUUCCACUAGGCUACGACGAAAUAUGACGAGAAGGCGACACGAUAGGAUUUAGUUGAAACGCGCAGUUGCUUACAAUUAUUAUCCCUGGUUGUUAUCACCAUGCAGUGUAAAAUAUAUAUAAUUUCCCAUUUUCAUACGCAAAAGUGAAUUAUGAUAUUCUCGCUUUUUAAUAUCAUGCGUUAAGAAGGAAAGGUGCAAGACAGGGGUUGUGGGAAAAGCAGAGAAUGAAAAAUAAUUAAGAAAAUUCUUAUUUAAGUAAGAAGUACGAAAUAAAAGUAUAGGAAAGCAAAAUUUAUCUAUUAAUCUCAUUUCUGUAACAUAUAUUUAGCAGUUUGAAUAGAGAAUAAUAAAUUUUCAAUUUCUCAUUUUAAUUUUUACAAAUAUUGUUGCAUUUGAAUGAGAGCAAUUUUGAAAAAGUUAUAAAAAUACGAUUUUUUUAAAUAUCUUCCACUGACUUAUUUUCAUUCCAAAUAAUAAAAUGAAAAAUGUAAAUUUACAAAAAUUUGAAAACAAUAUCAAUUCAACUAUUUCUUUAUUUCCCUACAAAAGCUUCUUUGAUCUCAGCAAAAGAGUUUGGAAUUUGAAACAUGUCCUUCAGAGUUUACAAUUAUUAUAAUUGAUUUGAAAUGAGAAACAACUUUUUAUUUCAAACUUUGACUUUGCAUUCCAAAAUUAUGCUUGAAGACAUUUUAUUCAAAACUAAAUCGGCCCCCGUAAAAAUCAUCGCGACGAUUGUGAGGGUACAAAACCUGAUUGAAAUGAUAAUGUAAUCGAAGUGAGAUCGCUAUGAUGUAUGAAAAAUAAUAAUAAAAAAGGAACAGAGAUGAGCAAUGUACAUAAUUUGCACCGUGUAAAAAGUUUACUAUAAAGUAAAUAAAGUCUAAACUAUU